GCGAAGCAUGCUUUGAAUUUCCGGGCGAGAGCCGGCCGCUUAUGUAGCAUGUGGGAACUGCCGUGAAGGCUGGUCACUCCGGACUUGCGUCCCGAAUUCGAGCUCUCGCCUGUGUUUUUAGAAAUCCGCCUGCGUGGGAGAUGACGUCCUUAGCCCAGCAACUCCAACGCCUCGCCCUCCCUCAGAGUGACCGCAGUCUGUUAUCGAGAGAUGAAGUUGCUUCUUUGUUGUUUGACCCCAAAGAAGCGGCCACCAUCGACAGGGACACCGCUUUUGCCAUUGGAUGCACUGGCCUGGAAGAGCUGCUUGGGAUCGAUCCUUCCUUUGAGCAGUUUGAAGCACCGUUGUUCAGCCAGCUGGCAAAAACAUUGGAGCGCAGCGUUCAGACCAAAGCAGUGAACAAAGAGCUGGAUGAAAACAUUUCAUUAUUCCUUAUUCACUUGUCCCCUUACUUCCUGCUGAAGCCAGCACAGAAGUGUCUGGAGUGGUUGAUUUACAGGUUCCAUAUCCAUCUUUAUAAUCAAGAUAGCCUCAUUGCUUGUGUUCUACCAUACCACGAGACCAGAAUAUUUGUACGGGUUAUACAGCUUCUGAAAAUUAACAAUCCAAAGCACAAAUGGUUUUGGUUGUCACCAGUUAAGCAACAUGGAGUGCCCUUAGCUAGGGGAACUUUGAUUACCCACUGCUACAAAGAUCUUGGAUUCAUGGAUUUCAUUUGUAGUCUGGUGACAAAAUCUGUGAAGGUUUUUGUUGAGUAUCCUGGGAGUUCAGCUCAGUUGAGAGUGCUCUUAACUUUCUAUGCUUCUACCAUCGUGUCUGCUCUAGUGACUGCUGAGGGCGUAUUGGAUAAUAUAGUCGCCAAGCUAUUUCCAUAUAUCCAAAAGGGGUUGAAAUCAUCUUUACCAGAUUACAGAGCUGCAACGUACAUGAUAAUAUGUCAGAUUUCUGUGAAAGUGACAAUGGAGGACACCUUCGUCAAUUCGUUGGCUUCACAGAUCAUCAAAACGUUGACCAAAAUUCCUUCUUUGAUCAAGGAUGGAUUAGGUUGCUUAAUAGUGCUCAUGCAGAGACAGAAGCCAGAGAGCCUUGGGAAAAAGCCAUUUCCUCAUCUGUGUAACGUUCCUGAUCUUAUUACAAUACUUCAUGGGAUUUCUGAAGUCUAUGAUGUCAGUCCUCUUCUGCGUUACAUGCUUCCCCAUCUGGUCGUCUCCAUCGUUAAUCAUAUUACAGGUGAAGAAACUGAAGGGACAGAUGGUCAAAUCUACAGGAGACAUUUAGAAGCUAUACUUACAAAUAUAUCACUGAAGAACAACUUAGAUCAUUUGCUGGCUAGCCUUCUUUUUGAAGAGUAUAUUUCAUAUAGUUCACAGGAAGAAAUCGGUCCUGAUAAAGUAUCUUUGCUUAACGAACAGUUUCUUCCACUUAUCAGACUUUUGGAAAGCAAGUAUCCCCGAACAUUAGAUGUUGUAUUAGAGGAACGCCUAAAAGAAAUUACAGAUCUAAAAAAACAGGAGCUUUUUCAUCAGUUUAUCUCUCUUUCUACAAGUGGAGGAAAGUAUCAGUUUUUAGCAGAUUCUGAUACGUCUUUGAUGCUCAGUCUGAACCAUCCACUUGCUCCUGUGAGACUUCUGGCUGUUAAUCAUCUGAAAAAUAUCAUGAAGACAUCAGAGGAGAAUGUCGAUGAGUCUUUCAUAAAAGAAGCUGUUUUAACCCGAUUAGGUGAUGAUAGUUUAGAUGUUGUUUUGUCGGCUAUAAAUGCUUUUGAGAUUUUUAAACAACACUUUAGUUCAGAAGUGACUGUUUCAAAUCUUCUAAAUCUCUUUCGAAGAGCAGAACUUUCAAAAAAUAGGGGAUGGUACAAGGUACUUGAGGUAGCAGCAGACAUAUUAAUUAAGGAAGAGCUACUGAAAGAAAAUGAUCACUUGUCAAAUCAGGUGGUGGUACAUCUGCUGCCGUUUAUGAUUAUCAUCAAUGAUGACAUGGAAUCUGCAGAGAUGAAAAUCGCUAUAUAUUUAUCAAAAUCAGGAAUUUGCUCUCUGCACCCUAUAUUAAGGGGCUGGAAGGAAGCUCUUGAAAAUGUGAUUAAAAGCACAGAGUCAGGAAAGCUAAUUGGUGUGGCAAAUCAGAAGAUGAUUGCGUUAUUGGCUGACAAUAUAAGUUCAGGGGAUCCUUCUUCAAUGUUAAAGAUGGUGGAGGAUUUAAUAAGCCUUGGGGAGAAGGACUGCUUUAGUCUGAAGCAGAAAGUGACUUUUCACCUGGUCACGGCUGUGCUGGUUUCUUGCUGUUCAUCUUUAAAGGAAACUCACUUUCCAUUUGCAAUAAGAGUCUUCAGUUUGUUGCAGAAAAAAAUAAAGAAGCUUGAAGGUGUCAUUACUGCAGUGGAAAUCCCCUCAGAAUGGCAUUUUGAGCUGAUGAUGGACAGAGAGAUACCAGUGGAACUGUGGACACAUUACAUAGAACAGCUCAACACCGCCCAGAAUAUUGCUGUGGAGGAUUCAGUUUUACUCAUAUUUUCACUGAAAAAUUUUAUUCAUGCACUAAAGGCCCCUAAAUCCUUUCCUAGAGAGGACGUGUGGUGGGACCCCGAACAGCUGCAAGAAGACAGCAGGGCCUAUGUGCGCUUGCUCAUUGGGCUCUUUGAGACGAUACUCACCGGUGCUGAUGCCGUUCAUUUUAGGGUCCUGAUGAAACUGUUCAUAAAGGUGCAUCUACAAGAUGUUUUUCAGUUCUUCAAGUUCUUUUCUGUUUUAUGGACGUAUGGGUCUAGCCUUUCAAAUCCACUUAACUGCAGCGUGAAAACAGUGCUGCGGACCCAAGCUCUUUAUAUAGGGUGUGCGAUGCUCUCUUCUCAGAAAGCACAGAAUAAACAUCAGCUGGCAUCUGUCUCUUCUCCAGUGGUGACAUCUCUACUCAUUAAUCUGGGAAGCCCCAUAAAAGAAGUACGAAGGGCCUCCAUUCUUUGUCUCCAGGCCCUCAGUGGAGUGGUGUCUCAUUUCCAUCUGGUAAUAGAUCAUUUGGUUCCUAAAACAGAGGAGAUCACCUCAGAUGCCACCUAUGUUACUCAGGAUUUGGCUGCUUUAUUUGAAGAACUGCGGAGAGAAAAGAAACUAAAAUCUCAUCAGAGAUUAUCAGAAACUUUGAAAAACCUACUUAAUUGUGUAUAUAGUUCCCCAUCUUAUAUUGCAAAGGAUUUGAUGAAAGUACUUCAGGAGGUCAGCAGUGAGAUGGUGCUUUCUCAGCUGUUGCCUAUGGCUGAACAACUGUUAGAAAAGAUCCAAAAGGACCCGACAGCUGUCCUGAAAGAUGAGGCCAUUAUUUUGCAACUCACUCUGGGAAAAUAUAAUGAAUAUUCAGCAUCCCUUUUACAUAAGGACCCAAAGAGCCUAGAUAUAUUUAUAAAAGCCGUGCAUACAACAAGGGAACUUGGCGCAGGAAUGCCAACCGUUCAGAUUACAGCCCUUGAAAAGAUUACAAAGCCAUUUUUUGCAGCUAUAGCAGAUGAAAAAGUUCAGCAGAAGCUUUUGCACAUGUUGUUUGAUUUAUUGGUGAACUGUAAAAAUUCACAUUGUGCUCAGACCGUUAACAGUGUUUUUAAAGGGAUUUCUGUUAAUGCUGAACAAGUCAGAAUAGAACUGGAGCCACCAGAUAAAACGAAGUCCUUGGGCACAAUUCAGCAAACAAGAAGGCAAAAAAUGCAGCAGAAAAAAUCACAAGAUCUAGAAUCUGUUCAGGAAGUUGGAGGUUCUUACUGGCAAAGAGUAACCCUCAUCCUAGAAUUACUGCAGCACAAAAAGAAACUCAAAAGUCCUCAGAUACUGAUACCGACUCUUUUUAACCUGCUAGCAAGGAGUUUAGAACCUUUGCCACCAGAGCAGGGAAAUAUGGAAUACACCAAACAAUUAAUACUUAGUUGUUUGCUUAACAUCUGCCAGAAGCUCUCUCCAGAAGGUGGCAAAAUACCAAAGGAUGUUCUAGAUGAGGAGAAGUUCAAUGUGGAAUUGAUUGUCCAGUGCAUCCGUGUUUCAGAGAUGCCUCAGACCCAUCACCAUGCCCUUUUACUUUUGGGUACUGUGGCUGGAAUAUUUCCUGAUAAAGUUCUACACAAUAUCAUGUCUAUUUUCACAUUUAUGGGAGCCAGUGUCAUGCGUCUAGAUGAUACUUACAGUUUUCAAGUUAUUAACAAGACAGUGAAAAUGGUUAUCCCAGCACUUAUUCAGUCUGAUGGUGGAGACUCGGUGGAAGUCACAAGAAACGUGGAAGAGGUCGUGGUGAAAAUCGUGAAUGUAUUUGUGGAUGCGCUGCCCCACGUCCCAGAGCACAGGCGCCUGCCCAUCCUCGUUCAGCUUGUCGACACACUGGGUGCAGAAAGAUUCCUCUGGGUCCUCCUCGUCCUGCUUUUUGAACAGUAUGUCACGAAAACAGUGCUGCUGGCUGCCUGUGGAGAAAAGGAUGCUAUUUUAGAGGCAGACACUGAGUUUUGGAUUUCAGUCUGUUGUGAAUUUAGUGUCCAACAUCAGAUACAAAGCUUGAUGAAUAUCCUUCAGUACCUAAUGAAGCUGCCAGAGGAAAAAGAAGAAGCUGUUUCCAAAGCAGCAUCAACUAAAAGUGAAUCACAAGAAGAGGUGCUACAGAUUUUUAAUAUAGACACUCACACGAGCAAGCAGCUGCGGCAUUUUAAAUUUUUGUCCGUGUCCUUCAUGUCUCAGCUCCUGGCUUCUAAUAAUUUUAUCAGAAAGGUGGUUGAAAGUGGUGGUCCUCAGGUUUUAAAAGGCCUUGAACAGAGGUUGCUAGAAACAGUUCUUGGCUAUAUUAAUGCUGUAGCACAGUCCAUGGAGAAAAAUGCAGACAAGCUAACUGUGAAGUUUUGGCGGGCACUGCUUAGUAAAGCUUACGACAUGUUAGAUAAGGUCAAUGCCUUGCUGCCCACGGAAACCUUUAUAGCUGUGAUCAGAGGGCUGCUGGGUAACCCGCUGCCAUCUGUCCGCCGGAAAGCACUGGAUCUUUUGAACAACAAGCUACAGCAGCAUACAUCCUGGAAAAAGACCAUUGUUUAUCGUUUCCUAAAACUGGUUCCAGUCCUUUUGGCCAUGGUGCAGCAUAAAAAAAAGACGGAAGAACAAGCAAUAAACAGACAGACAGCUUUAUAUACUCUAAAGCUUUUAUGUAAGAGUUUUGGUGCAGAAAAUCCAGAGCCUUUUGUCCCUGUGCUGAGCACUGCUGUGAAACUGAUUGCACCAGAAACAAAAGAAGAGAAGAAUGUCUUGGGAAGUGCCCUGCUGUGCGUGGCAGAGGUGACCUCCACCCUGGAGGCGCUGGCCAUCCCUCAGCUUCCCAGCCUGAUGCCAUCAUUGCUGACAACAAUGAAAAACACCAGUGAGCUGGUUUCCGGUGAGGUCUAUCUGCUUAGUGCUUUGGCGGCCCUGCAGAAGGUUGUGGAGACCCUCCCACAUUUCAUCAGCCCUUACCUAGAAGGUGUCCUGUCCCAGGUGGUUCAUUUGGAGAAAAUCACUGGUGGAAUGGGUUCUGCCUCACAAGCUAAUAUCCGCAUCACGUCCCUUAAAAAGACACUGGCUACCACACUGUCACCCCGAGUCUUACUGCCAGCGAUCAACAAAACGUACAAACAAAUUGAGAAGAACUGGAAGAAGCACAUGCGUCCAUUUAUGAGCAUCUUGCAAGAGCACAUUGGGGUCAUGAAGAAGGAAGAGCUCACCUCCCAUCAGGCUCCACUAACCAUGUUUUUUCUGGAAGCCCUGGACUUCCGAGCACAGCACUCUGAAGAUGAUCUGGAGGAAAUUGGAAAGACCGAAAAUUGUAUCAUUGACUGUCUAGUAGCCAUGGUGGUGAAACUUUCUGAAGUCACGUUCAGGCCCUUGUUCUUUAAACUGUUUGAUUGGGCUAAAACAGAGGAUGCCCCGAAGGACAGACUUUUGACAUUUUACAACUUGGCAGAUAACAUUGCUGAAAAACUUAAAGGGCUUUUUACUCUGUUCGCUGGCCACCUGGUGAAGCCUUUUGCUGACACCUUGAACCAGGUGAACAUCUCCAAAACAGAUGAAGCGUUUUUUGACUCUGACAAUGACCCUGAAAAGUGCUGCUUGCUAUUGCAGUUUAUUUUGAACUGUUUAUAUAAAAUCUUCCUUUUUGAUACUCAGCAUUUUCUCAGUAAAGAGAGAGCAGAAGCCUUGAUGAUGCCCCUGGUGGACCAGCUAGAAAACAGGCUGGGAGGAGAAGAACUGUUCCAGGAGCGAGUGACAAAGCACCUCAUCCCGUGCAUAGCGCAGUUUUCCGUGGCCGUGGCAGACGACUCUCUUUGGAAGCCACUGAACUACCAGAUUCUGCUGAAGACGAGAGACCCCUCACCCAAGGUUCGAUUUGCUGCUCUGAUUACAGUAUUAGCACUGGCUGAAAAACUAAAGGAGAAUUACCUUGUCUUGCUACCAGAGUCCAUUCCUUUCUUAGCUGAAUUGAUGGAAGAUGAAUGUGAAGAAGUGGAGCGUCAGUGCCAGAGGACCGUCCAGCAGCUGGAGGCCGUACUGGGGGAGCCACUCCAGAGCUACUUCUAAGACUCCGGGUCUCGGGGCUUUCUUACUCUGUUCAGAGGUCGGAUUUAUUCAUGUUUUUAUUUGUGGGUGUUUGGUACCAUAUUACUUUUGGUGCCCUCACCCCUGCGCGGACUUCUGUAUGAAACCAGCUGGCGUGCUGCCCUCCCGCCCCUCGUAGGAACUGCAGUAAGAGUAAACGAUGCCUAUUUUUAUACAGACUGCUGUUUGUCUAAGCAUUUGUCACAGUCUUUUCUGAUUGAUGUUAUUGAUAUCACAGACCUGGUUAAUUUUAGCACUCAAAGGUAAAAGCACCUCAUCUUUGGACAGUUAAAGCCUUAACUUUUCCCGUAAAGGGAUAUCUUACGUACAUGGUAUCCAUGUUGGAUUUCAUUCAAGGUAGCUCUUCGAGAAAGUGACAGUUACUCAGCACCAAUGCUUUGGACUAUAAAGCUAUUUGGAAUACUUUUCACAUUUUGGGUAGAUGAUACUUCAGCCAUAAUUUUUGUGCGUGGCCACAGUGGGAAUUAGUUCUGGAAUGCAUUUUCUACUUAGGACUAUGAUUGUCUUCUGUACCCUUCAGUCUUUGGUGGGGGCAGAGGCAAUAGGCUCUCAGAUCCCACAGAUAGAAAAGGCCCAGAAACACUAGGUGGCAUGGCUCCUCCAGAAUUAGAAAUGGUCAGACUUCCCCUGAUGGUAAUUCAAGAAAUUACUUGUACGAGAAAGUAUCAAAUUUUUUUUCAAACUUUAUUAUAUAUAUAUAUAUAUAUAUAUAUAUAUAUAUAUUUUUUUUUUUUUUUUUUUUAAUGUUUACUUUUGAGAGAGACAGACACAGAGUGUGAGUGGAAGAGGGUCAGAGAGAGAGGGAGACACAGAAUCUGAAGCAGGCUCCAGGCUCCAAGCUGUCAGCACAGAGCCCAGUGCAGGAUCGAACUCACGAAUGAGAUCAUGACCUGAGCCAAAAUCGGACACUUAACCGACUGAGCCACCCAGGCACGUUGGAACUUUGAAGUUUUCUAAUCCCUGAUGUCAUGGUGAAAGUGAAGGCUCAAAUAAAAUAAACUACCUUCAAUAAAGACAGAUUUGUCUAAUUUGUGCCUUAAAAAUAAGUUUAAAAUAUCUAAGAACUAUCCCAUGGUUUUAGUUUGAAAGCCUUUGUUCUAAUUUAGUACAGAAAUUUCAUGCCAAAUUGUGACAAAGAAGCAAAAGGCUGAAUUGUAGCUGUAGAGAUACAGCUUGCUAGGAAUGCGUACUCCCUUUUAAAAAAUGUUUUGAUAAGAUUAAUUAGUAAAAUGCUAAUAGCUUCUUUUCAAAUCACAUCUUAUUGUUUUGUAUUCUGUCAAAGAAUCAAUCUUACGUCUUAGUAAUAGCUCCACGUAAAACAAAAAGUGAAGUAUGUUUAAGAAUUAGAGGAAACCAUGUAUGUGGGGCUUUUUUCCUGAGUGGCCUAUAGUCUCCAUCUGAGUCACGCCCUCUGAUGUUUUACAUGAAGGAAAAAAAAA